AUCAUACAAUACAACGAACCACAGAAAGAUGUCCAAAUUCUCGUGAAUUUCGUCCAAAGUUUCCUUCUUUUCUAUCCUGAUCUCCAUUUCCUUUCCGUUUCAUUCAUCAUAAAUCUCUCUCUCUCUCUCUCUCUAACUUCUUCAAUUCCCUCCAAUCAAUUUCAUUCCAAUUUCCCAAUCCCCUCUGAUUCUUCCUUCUUCCUUCUUCUAGGGAUUCCAACCUGAUUCCUCUUUCUGAUCUGUCAAACCCCGAAUUUCAGCUUGAUUCUUCACGAUAACUUCAAUUUGAUUCGUUUCGCAUAACCCCUUUUGUUCUUUUCCUCAAUGAUUCAAUCCGUUUGGAGUUUUCUGAUUGCGUAACCUAAUUUUCGGGGUUGAGAGUUCUUAAGGUUUUUCCGAGUUCCCCUUCAAACUUCCCAGACUAGAGAUCCCCAGUAAUCGAAUCGCUAGAAUGCGUGAUUCAAUCCCACACCCUUCUACUCCCUUCAGGGCGGUGGAUAAUUCCCCUCUGCUUGGCCACUCCGUCACCAAUGGCCUUUUCCGUUCACGAGGGUUUAUUCGCCGUUCGCCUCAGCCUCUUCGUGGCGCUGUUCGUCUUCUCCGCCGUGCAAGUGGUCGCCAGAUGAUGCUCCGAGAGCCCUCUGUUCGUGUCCGUGAGACCGCCGCCGAGCAGCUCGAGGAGCGGCAGAGCGAUUGGGCGUAUUCCAAACCCAUUAUUCUCUUGGACCUUCUAUGGAAUUUGGCCUUCGUCAUCAUUAGUUUCACUGUCCUAGGGCUUAGCACGAGUGAAAAGCCUUCAGUGCCUCUUAGGUUUUGGAUCAUCGGAUAUGCUUUGCAGUGUAUAAUUCACAUGUCCUGCGUUGCUGUUGAGUAUAAGCGUCGGCGCUCUACGAGAGAACCCACGGGAUUGGACCGUAACAGUGACUGGACGAGCGGCGAGGAUUCGAAUUCGGUUUCUGGAAGUGAUGGAGAUGAUUAUGCGACCGAGCAGACCGUGAACGAAGAUGAAUCUAGCAAUCUUGUGAAGCAUAUUGAGUCUGCAAACACGAUGUUCUCUUUCAUCUGGUGGCUGUUGGGCUUUUAUUGGGUAACUGCUGGAGGCCAAGAAUUGAUAGAGGGUUCACCUCAGCUAUACUGGCUCUCUAUUACGUUCCUUGCAUUUGACGUCGUGUUUGUUCUAAUUUGCGUUGCAAUUGCUUGUCUUGUUGGUGUUGCUAUUUGCUGCUGUCUCCCUUGCAUCAUUGCCAUCUUGUAUGCAGUUACCGAUCAGGAAGGAGCUACAAAGGAAGAGAUCGAACGCUUACCAAAGUACACAUUCAAUAGAACGGGUGAUGUUGAGAAAGUGAAUGGUGAUAUUCAAGAAUCUAGCGGAGGAAUAAUGUCUAACUGUGACACCGAUGCACCUACGGAGCGCUUUCUUCGCCCCGAAGAUUCUGAGUGUUGUAUCUGCCUCUCCGCUUACGAGAAUGGAGCAGAGCUACGAGAACUUCCCUGUAACCACCACUUUCACUGCAACUGCAUCGACAAAUGGCUCCACAUGAAUGCCACCUGCCCACUCUGCAAGUUUAACAUCUUGAAGCCAAACAGUUCCAGUAGCGAAGAAGUGUGAACGAAAUGUAAGAACGAUGAAACACAGACAGAGAAUACAGAACUCAACACAAAAUCCUCCACCCCCCCCAAAAAAAAGAAAAAAAAAAACAUAAUGUAUUGGCUUUGAUGGCCAUGGAGAGAGAGAGAGAGAGAGAAUGGGACCAUGUUUGUAAGUCUCUUGCAGGUGGCAGAGAGUUUGUUUGGAAGCUGCUGCUUUUGUAUGGUUUAUUAUUACCAUACAUAUCUAUUAUAUUGUAUUAUUAUUAUUACCUAAUUAGGUUAAAGAGAAGAAACAAGUACUGAGUUUUAUGUUUACGAGUCUUGUAAAUUGGUUCGAAAGAACUGUGUUUUGGAGUCUGUUGUAAUGAAUAAUAUAUAUUAAUGUUGGAAGAGGCAGUUUGUUAAGGAGCACAAAGAUCAUUGAAAAUCA